CUAGGUGUUUACGGAUUCUCCUUGUACAUAUCAUCUUGGUGCUUCUUGAUAUUGUAUACACUGUGGGCUGUCAUCCCUACGCCAAUAUUGAAUCAGUUAGGCAUCACAUACGUGCCAGCGAAGUACUGGGUUAUAUUGAUCCCACUGAUACUCGUCUCACUCAUCAUAUUAUUUGUAUCGUCAAUAUUUCUGCUUAAUAUAUAUCGCUUCAGAGGAUAUAGAAUCUUUGAAGAAGUCGAGGUGAGAAAUUUUUUCUGUAAUUUUUUCUGUUCAUAUCAUGCAGUGCCAAGAAAAACUGAUCAAAAAGAACUGCUGAAAAUAAUCAUGCGGUCAUGCUUAGCGUUGAACUGUGUGGUGAAACGCUUGAAGCAUGGUGGAAGAUCGACUUUGAGCAAGACAUUUCCUGCGAAUAGUAUCAGCCGUGGAUCGCAGGUCGAGUUAAUACAUAAACGGUUAUCUGCCUAUGAACGCACGCAAGCUGCUGCAGAAGCCGCGAAGAAGAGCAACUUCGCUACGAGCUCGCUAGCUGCCGAAACUUUGAUAAAGACCGAUAGUAAUUAUGGAAAGAUCAUAGAACGAAGAAAUUCCGAAGAACAGACAACUCGGAAGCCAUCUAUCAAUAGCCCUGACACUGACCAUGAAUUACCACUUGCUGCAAAGCCUAUCGCAGAAAAUAUCUUGCAUAAACCUGCAUUAGAAUCUCAACCUUCUGGAAGCGAGGCAGCCGGUGAUAGGGGAUAUUACGUAGAGGGCAAUGAGUACGUUGACGACUACGUGUUGGGAAGCACUGCAGAUUUCUCCUAUGACGAAGUAGCAAUGUAAGC